GCUGCCGGGUCGUUAUGAUUUCUAUGCUGCACUUCGGCUCACUUUUCGAUGGGGAUGUUUGUUUACUUUUUUUAUGCUUUCGUGAUAGUAUUGAAUGGUGGGAUAUGAUGGUUUUGUCCUAAUUAUGAUUGAUUGAAUCAUUUUAGAGUGCUUAUAUGAAACAGCUGAUGCCUUGACAGUUGUGCCGUGUGCCGACCAAGUGAAACAAUGGCUGCAGAAUUCUUAGCAGAAAACAAUGUCUGCGGACAAACAAUUUUACAGAUUGUGGCAGAGGGUAAUACCAUUAUCUGUGAGUUGUUGCGUCUAAACGAAUUCAUACCGGAAAUUUUCUGUUUGAAAACUAAAGAGGAGCAGCAGAAAUAUGCUGAGAUAAUCAUGGAUUUUAGCUAUUUCCAAAUUUCUGAUGCACAGGAAGCGAAGAUCGAAACCGACGAUAAACUUCAAGCACUAGAUGAGGAAAUACGCGAAAGUUAUCUUGUUAUACUAAACAGAUUCUACAUUGUAUUUGAAAGCAUUCAUAAAUAUAUCAAGGAAUUGAACAGCUUUAUUACCGAGCUUAACACGGGAAUGUUUAUCCAGCAAUCGAUGGAAAAGGUAUUCCAGGACGAAGAAGGCAAACAGUUGAUGUGCGAGGCCCUAUAUUUGUACGGCGUGAUGCUACUGGUAGUAGAUUUGCAGAUUCCUGGCCUAGUUCGCGAGCGUAUGCUUGUAGCUUACCACAGAUACAGUGCACUGAAAACUGACGGUGACAGUAAUAUAGACGAGGUUUGUAAACUUCUUCGGUCAACUGGGUUUAACGAGGGAUCAAGCAUCAAAAAGUCCAACUAUCCGGAGGACUACUUCAAUCGAAUUCCGGUGAAUGCCACUUACAUAGAGAUGGUGAUCGGUCGACUUCGUUCUGACGACGUGUACAAUCAGAUAUCCGUCUAUCCCCUGCCGGAACACCGCUCGACUGCGUUGGCUAAUCAGGCGGGAAUGUUAUAUGUGUGUUUAUUCUUUGCUACGAAUGCGCUACACAACCAAGCGGCUCGGAUGCGCGAGAUUGUAGAUAAAUUUUUCUCCGAUAAUUGGAUUGUAUCGUUCUAUAUGGGUAUAACGGUUAACUUACUGAAUGCAUGGGAUUCGUUCAAAGCAGCAAAAUCUGCGAUGCUCAACACAUUUGAUAAUACCAAUUUGAAGGAAAUCUGCACUCAACAGAAACGCUCUAUGGAAACAUUGUUGAAUCGAACCCGGAACAUCCUGAAGGAAGGAAAUUUGACCGAGCAGAAAUUGUUGGAUAACAUUCCCAAGGUGACGGCCCUGAUACGGGAGUGUAACAUCACUGUUCGCUGGGUAAUGUUGCAUACCGGGCAACCCGUGAUCGACAUCGGCAGUCCAGCUUCCACGAAAAAGUGUCAACAGGUAAAGGCACUGAUUGAGAGUGAAAUCAAUUUUAAAGGGAUUGAAUUUUUCGAAUUGCUUCUGAAUACGGCUCAGCUGGAAGUGAAGAUAAGAGAAAUCCUAAAAACCAUCCUGGACGAAAGGGUGAAACGAUGGGAUGAGUUUAAAAAAGAAUCCUGUGAACGGAUUCAAGAACUGGCGGAUGCAUAUUCAGGUGCGAAACCUUUCGGUAAGAUGAAAAAGAAUGAUAGUUUGAGCAAAUGGUUUUUAAACAUUCAGAAGGAGAUCACGAAGCUAAGUAAUGAGGACAAAGAUUUGAGUGUUUCCGGAAGAACCAUUAUUCAGUUGAUUCAAGCAUUGGAGGAAGUGCAGGACUUUCACGAUCUCAACAAGAACAUGCAAGUUAAACAGAACAUGCUCGAGACACGACAGUAUCUGCACCAAAUGUUUCACACAAUAAACAUACGAGAAGACGAUUUAAUCAAUUUACAACUGAUAGGAGAUUUCAGUUAUGCUUGGAGACUGAUUGACAGUUACGCUCCGAUGAUGCAGGAAAAUAUAAAAAAGCAACCGAGUUUGGUUAUAAAGCUGCGAUCGACUUUCCUGAAGUUGGCCUCUGCCUUAGAGAUUCCACUACUUCGACUGAACCAAGCGGAAAGUGAAGAUUUGAUGGAUGUUUCCAAAUACUACAGCAACGAGUUGGCUAACUUUGUCAGAAAGGUAGUGCAAAUCAUUCCGGAAACCAUGUUUUCCAUACUGGCUCAGAUCAUCGAACUGCAAACGAACGUAAUCAAGCAAAUUCCAACGCGAAUGGAAAAGGAAAAGUUGAAAGAAUAUGCUCAAUUGGAGGAACGAUUUGUGAUCGCCAAGCUGACCUAUUCGGUGUCGACGUUUACCGAGGGAAUUCUAGCAAUGAAAACAACGUUGGUCGGGGUUGUUGAGUUGGAUCCGAAGCAACUGCUCGAGGAUGGCAUACGGAAGGAGUUUGUUAAAAAUGUGUCCGAUGCUUUUCACAAAAAUCUCACAUUCAAUGCCAAGGCCAAAGAAUCCGAACUGGACACCAAAUUGGCUUCACUCCACAAGAUAAUCGAUGGUUAUAAGCGAUCGUUUGAGUACAUCCAGGAUUAUCUGGAUAUUCAUUGUUUACGUAUUUGGAAUGAGGAGAUGCAACGAAUUAUUGCUUACAAUGCGCAGCGCGAAUGUAACCCGUUCAACAAGAGUAAAAUCCAGGAAUGGGACUCGGAGUAUCAGAGCAGUACGAUACCGAUUCCAAACUACGAACCAAUCGACAUGGCAUCGAUUACGUUUAUAGGCAGGUUGGCGCGUGAAAUUUUGCGAAUUACUGAUCCCAAGAUUACCACUUAUGUUGAAAUCUGUAAGACCUGGUAUGAUCAGAAAACGCACAAAAGUAUUCUUACCAACAAGUUUGCUAGUCGGAUAAUCGAAACGUUGGGCCCACCUGGUUUGAUUGGCAUUGAUAAGCUGUACUCGUUUCUGAUAAUAACCGAAAUGGAAAACUUUUUGAUGACAAUACACCGCAAACUGGAGCAGGAAAAUGUUUGGUAUGACGCGUUGAGCAACGUCGAAACAGAGUUGCACAAAUCCGACUAUGUGGAAAAUCCUGUCAAAACCUACACCAGUCUUAUGUCAAAUUUUACCCGCAUCUGGUCUCAGCUGCAGGAUUGGAUACUGCGGAUAGGUCAGAAGCAGAUCCUCCGAACGCAUGUUGCAUUUGAACUGAACUGCAGUUGUAAGUUGAAAUCCACCAAACUGGAAUCGUCUUUGCGGGCUCUGAAUGAUGCCAUUCUAUUGGACGUGAAACGGCAUUCCUUGGAUGACGCGAAACCUCUUCCCAGUUCAGAUUUGGUGUUUGAGCUGAACAAAUACCUCGAAUGUGCCGGAUUGUACGAUCCGCAUCGAAAAAUCUACACCACCCGUAGAUGUCCGCAAUAUUUAUCACUUCUGGCAUUUUUGUUUGUGAUCGCACAUUUACCACGUUUUCAAUACAUGAAGAAUGUGAACAGUUUGAUCGCGAAGAAGAAAAACGACCCAAUCGAUGGAUUCCCCGUUGUUGUAGGAUUGCUAGCGAUUUUCAGACAGUUUCAGGACGGCGAACUGAAUUUGUUCAUCCAAUAUAUUUGUCAGUACGUGAUGUCUUAUGUUGACGUGAAUUUAAAGUCAAAGCAGGAAAUUUGCAUAGACGCUAUUAUGGCCAUACGAUUUCUGGAGAUUUUCACUCGAAUAGCGGAUAUUCCGCGUAAAUAUCUGGAGCAGUACAUUCCGGACUCGGUUCUAAAUCAGUAUGAAUUCCUAUCAGGCGGCAAAUCUUGACCCACCCAAGAAUGGUGGUGUUUUGGAAGUUAAACUUGCUGACAUUAUUCAAUGGUUUCUAACUGCAUGCCAUAAAAUGUGCUACAUAAGUGUCAAUAAGAA